GAACGCAAUUUACGGUUAGGAUACGGCGAAGUGUGAAAAAUGCCUCAAGGAAGUAGCUCGCCAGGCAUACACCCCACGCACACGCGGACGCAGCACAUCGCAGUGAACAUGUUAGCAGCCAGCACAUGCGCCGUUAACAGUUGACCACUUGCGAGCGGUUUGCCACCCCCCCCACGAUAGCGAAACGCAGAGGUGACCCAAAAUGAAGUGCCUGCGGGCCAUAGUUUGUAAAGGCCGCCAGGCGGCCAGGGGUGGAAGCGCCCCGUUUCACAUAAAGAACAAUUUUAACCUCCUUGGAAGGAGGGACUUCAACAUGGGCAUGAAGCACCUGAACAAGGACCCCCCCGGUGAAGGAAAAAGCUACACGACCAACCAACCCAAGGCAGUGCGCGUACCGAUCAUGCGUUUUUUCUACGGAGGAAUCAUUCUUAUGGCAGCCGUCCCUAUAUGCCAGACGCUCUACGAGACGAAUAAGUACUACGAGGAGAACAAGCACUUGUACGAAAGGGGACAGAGUUAGUUUAACCAGGGGGGAGCGGCUUCUCGGUCUCUCCCAUGUGGAGAGUCCACCCCUCAAUCGUCGGUACCCCCGACCGGCCUUUUUUUUUCCCCCCCAACGACAUUUCCAUCUCCAUACAUGUGUGCCCUUUUGGCCACGUCUUUAAUUUUACCUGCCUGUUGUGGCGCCUUUAACUGCGAAGUUGGCUGUGCACCCCCGGCGCGCGGGGUGACGGCACUCAAAUGUGGGUAACGCGCCCAGCGAGGCAAGAAG